AUGAUCAUCACAAGAGAGGAAAUGUCAGACAAGCAAUCUACACAAAUUUCCAUACAAACAACCUUCGCUCUCCCCAAACCACGCCCCAAUUUGUCCAUUCAAAAUGCCCAGAAAUCAUCCUUCACUCUUAUCAACAGUACCUGCCGCUUUUUCCCGAAUGUUCUGAAGAAGCACUUCAAAUCGAAAAAGCGAGAAAUGCCGUUUCUCAUCUUCGAUCAAGCUCGAAAAGCCAGACUCGGAAGAAACUUGUGA